AUGUUUAUAUUUUCAAUAAUAUUAAUAUCUAUUAUGUCCUUAGUGGUAGACAGUUCGGAAAAUAAACCCAGAAAUAGAGAAUUAGUGACAACAUUAUUUCGGAAAACACCACUACCAAUCUGGCGGAGAACACCUCCACCAAUAUCUCCUAGAAAAGAUAAAAAUAAUACAGUGGAAAUACCAAUAUGGCGUAGAACACCCCCACCAAUAUUUCCUAACAGAGAUAUAAAUGACUCGGGGGAAUUCAGACGAGGCGAUAAAUUAAACAAUAGUUCAUUAAAUAAAACUGAUGGGAGGGAAAAAUUAUUCAUGAAAUGGGUUGUAAAAGAUAUCUAUCACCUGAAGAAGAGUGAUAUAGCAAGAAAAAUUGAAAUAAAAAAUAUGGGGCGUUGGAUUCUACGUUGGGACCUUUGGGACAACAAAUUCAAAUUUGGAAAACAUAAUAGAACAGAUUUCAUCAUGUAUUCAAGAUGGCGAUUUUUAUAUGAACCUCCCAUUUCAAAUAUUAUAGAUUUUUUCAAAAAUUUGUAA